AGUGAGUGAAUUCUUUCAUUUCUCUAGAGGAAACCAUCUCUCUUUAUCGAGACCCGGCACACUUCCUGUAACAGAGGGAGAAGGGGCGGAGGGUGAGGUCAUCUGCUGGGUUGGUGGGCAAGGUGGGCGAGGCACCACUCAGUCUGUCAGCAGAGCUACUGUACAGCACAAACUCCUCACCGCACUACAAACUGAGAAGUAUGAGCUGAGGAAUCAUUUUACUGCCACUGAGCCACCGAGAGACCGCUGGUGACAUCAUCAUUGGAGGAGGAGGAGGAGGAGUUAGAGAACAUGGUGUCCCGGCUCUUCUCCUGCUGGGGUUACCUUUGGGUCACGUUCCUGCUUGGAAUCAUCUGCACCAACCUUGGGCAGAUGCAACAAUAUAAAAUCAACUACAAUCAUAUUAACUUUGAUGAAGCUCUGGCAGCAUGUGACCCCAAUGACCUCACGACCUUUGCCACAAAAAAAGAAGCCACAGAAAUCCUCAAUCUUAUCUCUGCAUCAAAUAAGUUGGGGCAGAAACACUUAAACUUCUGGGUGGGGUUAAGGAAGGCCAAGCACAACUGUGUUUUGGACACACUGCCACUGAAAGGCUUCAAGUGGACAGCGGAUGGAAGUCAGAGGUCAGAGGUUCACCAAUGGAGGGUGAUGCCAGUGGGUACCUGCACUACAGCUCGCUGCGCGAUACUGUCGGUUGACUUUAACUCAUCGACUGUGAUUGACUGGGGUCUGGUUUCUGUCUCCUGUAACAAAAGGCAUCCCUUCAUCUGCAAGAGUACAGAAAGGCCGACAGCAGGGAGACAUAAAGUGCUGCCCGAGGAGACAAAGACAAGUGCCACAACACUUCCACCAAAGACAGCGACACCAACACCACGACUAAUUACACCAGAACCAGGUAAAGCACAACACCAACCAACCAAUCAGCCUAAACCAGGACCAGAGCCGGGGUUGAAGUCAUGCCUGGUGACCCACAUGCAAGGUGCCCGUGCUCUCAUGCCAGAUCCCGAAAACAGCAGCAGAUUAAAGGUGGAGUGUUGGUCAGGUGUUCAAGUGGAGCUCCAUUGUUCAGGCCAGCCCGCCACAUGGCAGAUGAACAGAUCCUCUGUUGACUUCAGCACUGUUUGCUUGGCCUGUAGAAACGGAUUCAAGAGAGACAAAUCUGGAAAGUGUGUGGACAUCAAUGAAUGCAUAAGUGACAACGCCCUCUGCAGGCAUCAUUGCCUGAACACUGAGGGCUCCUAUAAGUGCAUAUGUUACGACCAACACGGGGACCAUCACAACGAGGACUCAUCAGUGUGCACAGAUAUGACAAGUCUGAACCUGACCAACAGGCCCCAUCUUCAGAGCAACCAGUCAAAGGCUGCUCCAACAACGAGUGGUGGUCACAUCAGCACCACAGACAGAGAUGGCUCCCUGUCGAACAUCCUUAUUGUCGUGGUGAUUGCUGUGCUGGUGCUGGUGGCUCUGGUGGCUAUCAUUGCCGUGAUAGUGAAGUGUUGCCUGAUGAGGCGGAUGAAAAAACGUGUCAUGAAGAAAGUAGAGAAGAUGACCUUGAAGCACAAAGAUGUAGCCAGGGAGGAUUCCUUUGAAAGAACCAAUGAGAAGGAAGUAAUAUGAGUAAGCAGAGCUGUGAUUGGUCAAGGCUGUGUGACAGUUGUUUUGAGUAAAGAAGUGUGUGAUGAUGUCAUGAUCCUCAAUUCAUAUUACUGGGAAUCAAAGAACAUUUUCCAAUCAAUUACUGAUUCCACUACAUUUGGUCACCUUGUGUUGUUAGAAUUAAUUUCAAAAUAAGUAAAUAAUUAAUAAAAUAAAAUACUGAACAUGGAAAUGAUAGAACAGGUUUGAUUAAGAGACCAUGUAGAAUAAUCCCACUGUAGAAUAUAGACCACUCCUGAAUCACAUAUACCAGGAAGUGGGUGAAGACAAUAGAACUUUAUGAUGUCAUAAGUCAGAUAAGAUAAAAGGAAACACUAGCUCAUCAAAUUAAAGAAAGGAAUGGAAGGAAGAAUUCUGAGGCAAGCCCAGCUUCUCACCAAAAUUUAAUUGACACUUGCACAAAGGUUAUCUGAAAUCUGUCCAAUACAUUUUUGAGAGAUGGUAUGUAUAUUGUUAAAAAAAA